UUCGAAGCCCCCAGCCCUCCUCCGCCCCCCUCCACCCCCAUCUCCUCCAAGUUCCUGUCCACCAGCCCUGGCGGCGUUGGCGGUGGCGGUGGCGACGUGCCCCUCGUCAACCCUUUCCUGUCAUUGCAGGACGUGCCCACCAAGCUGGUGGCCAAGGCGGUACCCUUGCCCAUGACGGUGCGCGGCCACUGGUUCCUGAGCCCGCGCACCGAGUACACGGUGGCCGUGCAGACGGCCGCCAAGCAGAGCGACGGGGACUACGCCGUGUCCGACUGGAGCGAGAUCAUCGAGUUCUGCACGGCAGAUUACUCAUCGGUGCAUCUUACACAACUGUUGGAGAAGGCCGAAGCCAUCGCCGGGAGGAUGCUGAGAUUUUCCGUGUUUUACCGCAACCAGCACAAAGAGUACUUCGACCACGUACGAGAGGCCCAGGACAACCGGAUGCUGCCGGCGCUGAAGGACAACAGCGGCAGCCACGGCUCCCCGAUCAGCGGCAAGCUGCACGGCAUCUUCUUCAGCUGCAACACCGAGUUCAACACGGGCAAGCCGGCCCAGGACUCCCCGUACGGCCGCUACCGCUUCGAGGCGCGCGCCGAGGAGCUCUUCAACCCCAAGACCAACCUCUACUUCGGCGACUUCUACUGCAUGUACACGGCCUACCACUACGUCAUCCUGGUGGUGGCGCCAGAGGGCUCUCCGGGCGACGAGUUCUGCAAGCAGAGGCUGCCUGCGCUGGACCGCGCCGACAACCGCUUCCUGACGUGCGUGCAGGGCGAGGACGGGCGGCUGGCGUUCCACCACGCGCAGGACGUGAUCCUGGAGAUCAUCUACACGGAGCCGGUGGAGCUGGCGCUGGGCGACGUGGCCGAGAUCAGCGGGCACCAGCUGAUGAGCAUGUCCACCGUCAACGCCAAGAAGGACCCCAGCUGUAAGACCUGCAACAUCAGCGUGGGACGCUAAGGAUAUCUGCCAUCCUACACAAAAAAACCCUAAACCCACUUCUACCCCUGCAACAUCAGCGUGGGACGCUAGCCAGGGAGGGACCUCUGGCAUCCUACAAAAAAAAACCCUACCUAAAACCUAUUGCGAAGCCUAUUCUACCCCCAUGGAAUUCUUCUCAAGACCUGCAACAUCAGCGUCGGACGUUAAGCCAGCCAGGGAAGGACCUCUGGCAUCCUACAAAAAAAAAAAACCCUACCUAAAACCUAUUGCAAAGCCUAUUCUACCUAUGCCCCCCCAUACCGUUCUUCUCAAGACCUGUAACAUCAGCGUGGGACGUUAGCAAGAGAGGAGGGAUCUCUGCCAUCGUACUAAAAAAAAAACCCUACCUAAACCCUAUUGCAAAGCGUAUUCUACCUAUGGCCCCCCAUGGCGCUCGUCUCAAGACCUGUAACAUCAGUGUGGGACGCUAAGGAUAUCUACCAUCCUACAAAAAAAAACCCUAAACCCACUUCUACCCAUCCUCAAAAAUUCAAAACUUUCCAAGAAUUCUGAUGAUCUCCUGCAACAUCAGUGAGGAACACUAGGGACCUCUGCCAUCCUAAAAAAAAAAAAACACUUAACCUACUUACACCCCUUCCCCAAACAUAAAGACUCAAUAACGC